CUCCACACCACCGCCGCCUACUACCCGGAGACGGCCUCGCCGUCGCAGCAGACCCUGGCUGAGCAGUUCAUUCGCUCGCUCGGCGAGCUCUACGCGCUGGGCUCGCGCGAGGAAUUUUGCCUGUGGAUGUGCGAGCAGCACAACGCCGUCAAUGCCAAACUGGGCAAGCCCGUCUUCCCGUGCACGCUUGCCAGGCUCGAUGCGCGCUGGCGCGACGGAGGCGCGCGCUGCGACGAAGAAGGCGCAGAGAGCUCAGGCCCCGCGAUAGACUAA